UCACGUUUUCAGUUCUAAAUCCACUUCAGGCAUCCCUUGAAUACAACACAUCCCCACCCAACCCUAAAGCUGGGUUGGAUACAUUCACGGUUUUCCUCACUUUGGAGCAAGAUUCGCGGAACCGUGACUGAAAUGCAUUUAAAACUGAAAACCUUGACUGCGCCCUAGUUGGAAUCCGUAUUCAAAAUCAUUUGGCACCUGUUGAGAAGUCCACGACCUUUCCGUGAGCUUUUCCUCGCUUGAGCUCCUGUGUUGCUGGUCGUUUGCGAUUUGCGCUCAAGGAGACUGUGCUCCCUUCGGAUCAUCAUUUGUGUCCAAAUCGAGUGGACUGGUGGUGUUUAUUGGGGCUCAGCUGGCAGCUGGUUCUCUCGCGGAACGCAAACCACCAUGGCACGCGCUCUGGCAAGCGUGCGUGUUGUGCCGAGUGACGGCGUUCUUGGGUUGAGGGGCUUGAGGACUGCCACACAGGACUUGGUCUGCCACGAGUGGUGCUCCUGGCAUCGCCAGCAGAGGAACGAGGGGCUACUACCUCUGCUCUCCUCCUGUCCACGUGUCUUUUCUUCCAAACGGCCGGACUGGCUAGUACGAAGAAGGCCGUCAACCAUGCAUCCCUCAGCAGCGCAUGCUAUUUCAUGGAGCGGAGUUCAAAGGUCAUCAGCAGCAAGUAUAUGCCUAUGCCCCCCUGCUGAAAGAGUGGCAUGCAGUGGAGGCGCGACUGGAGGCCAGCCACGGGUCCAUUCGUUGUGGGGACCACCACAGCAGAGGAGGGAUGUCAAUGGUGGUGCGAACAGGUUUCCCACCAGACGUCAGGUCCCACCGCCGAAGGGCUGCGUCUGUGACGCCCUGCCGAAGGAAACCGGGAUGAAGUCUUUGAGCGUCAGAGGGAAGGAGGAGGGAUGCCAGGGUGGUGGUGGUGGUGGUCGUCGGCGACUGCUUCUGCUCAGUCGAGGGUCAGGUGCAUCCUGGACAACCUCAGGCCCUUCUUCUUCGCGAACCGCGGAGAGUUGGGCAAAUCACUGCUGUCGAACCCUCCUCACUGUUCGUGCUGCCUCGACUGCCACUGAUGUGGCUGAAGCAGCGACUGAGUACGAGGCAGUGAUCGGCCUUGAGACCCACGUACAGCUAGCCGCCAAGACCAAGGCCUUUUGUUCCUGUCCCUCGGAAUUUGGAGCGGAGCCCAACUCCAAUGUGUGCCCUGUGUGCAUGGGUCUGCCGGGAACCUUGCCUGUGCUGAACGAGAAGGUUCUGGAGCUGGCAGUCCGUACCAGUCUGGCGUUGGGCUGCAACAUUGCAAGGACUUCUAAAUUUGAUCGCAAGCAGUACUUCUACCCUGAUCUUCCCAAGGGCUACCAGAUCUCCCAGUUUGAUGAGCCCCUGGCUACAGGUGGCCAUGUGGACAUCGAUCUGCCAGUGGAAUCCGGUGGUGGGCAUUGCCGCGUGGGCAUAACCCGCGCCCACGUGGAGGAAGACGCAGGGAAGAUAGUUUAUGCGGGAGCCGAUCGACUGUCGGGAUCGGAGUACACACAAGUUGACUUGAAUCGUGCUGGUAUCCCGGUGCUGGAAAUUGUGUCAGAACCUGACAUGAGGACAGGUCUUCAGGCUGCAGAGUAUGCGUCUGAAGUGCAGAGAAUUGUGCGCUACAUCGGCGUCAGCAAUGGUAAUAUGCAGGAGGGUUCCAUGCGUUGCGACGUCAAUGUUUCCGUCCGCCCCAAGGGGCGGGCUAAGCUAGGCACCAAGGUGGAGAUCAAGAACAUGAACUCGUUUUCUGCCAUUCAGAAAGCCAUCGACUUUGAAAUCGUGCGUCAGGUGGAGCUCUUAAAGGAAGGGAAAGGGGACGACAUAUGUCAAGAGACGAGGUUAUGGGACGAGGGAAAUCAACAAACGAUCGCAAUGCGAUCGAAAGAAGGGCUCGCCGAUUACCGGUACUUUCCGGAACCUGAUCUGCGGGAGGUGGUCCUCGCAGAGGAGUACAUCGACAGAGUACGACAGACGGUUCCGGAGCUCCCUCAUGAAAAGAGGAGGAGGUACGAGGCGGCGGGGCUCUCGAUGAAAGAUGUGCUCGUCCUCGCAAACGAUGUCGAUGUGGCCGAGUACUUUGAAGCGGUUUUGGCAUGCGGUACUGACGUGAAGUCCGCGGCGAAUUGGAUAAUGGGGGACGUCACCGCUUUUCUCAAGGCCAAUAAGAUGACGGUUCGAGAUAUGAAGAUGCUUCCGUCAUCCUUAGCUGAACUGAUUUCGCUCAUCGAGGACAAAACAAUAAGUGGGAAGAUCGGCAAAGAGAUUCUGCCGGAGUUGUUAACGACGGGAACGGCACCGAGGAAGAUCGUUGAGGCAAAGGGACUGCUUCAGAUAUCUGAUCCAGCUGCAUUGGAAGCCAUCAUUGAUGAAGUCCUUGCCGCCAAUCCCAAGCAGCUACAGGAUUAUCGUCAGGGCAAAACCAAACUUCAGGGGUUCUUCACUGGCCAGGUGAUGAAGAAGUCCGGCGGUAAAGCAAAUCCAGUUUUAAUGAACGAGAUACUUGUAAGAAAGCUUAACAGUGGCUGAUGUUUAGGAGAGCUGUGGCCAGUGUUUCUUUCUUUCUUCAUUAAUGAAUUGUUCAAAGUCAU